AUGUGGAAACGAUAUCGUCUACGGAGGCUCGCGUUGAUCAGGCUGACCGAAUGCAGAAUGCUGGAGAACCCGACGGAUGAAAACAUUGUGCGAUGGGGCAACGAAGGCGACAGUUUCGUGGUGUUAGAGAACGAGAAAUUCACCAAGCACAUCCUCCCGAAGCACUUUAAGCACAGCAACUUUGCGAGUUUCGUCCGACAAUUGAACAAAUACGACUUCCAUAAAGUACGACACAACAAUGAAGAAUCGGGACAAUCGCAGUAUGGCCCUGGGGCUUGGGAAUUCAAACAUCCUGAUUUCAAGAUGAACAAUAAAGACGCCCUCGACAACAUUCGGCGCAAAGCCCCCGCGGCACGCAAACCGAACCAAGGCCCCGACGAUGUGAUUGUCCCGACACAACAGAUCGACCUGAUCAACACGCAACUCGUCGCAACGCAGCAGCAGCUCCAGCAGUUACAGGAACGCUAUAACGAGCUCAACAUCCAUCAUUCGAUGCUCCUGCAGGAGCUGAUGGGCGUGCAGAAGACGGUGGUCAACCACGAGCAUGUCAUGCAAAAUGUCAUGAACUUCCUCCACUCGGUCGACGCACAACGACGCCGAGAUAGUCGCAUGAUCAAUCCAUUCAACCAGGCGACCACCCCAAGCGGCGGAGCCGUCGCUGGCCAGUCGUCGCAACAGCCACAAAUCGAGGAGGAUGUACCCGCGUCCCCAUUACAACAAGCUUCCAAACUCCUCCAAGAGACCAACGCCGAUAUGCUCCUGAAUCCUCGAAACCUCGAGCACAUGAACGAGAUCUCGAUGCGCAUGAACGGCACGCUUACGACCCCCCCUCCGGACUACGGCCUUCGGAAUAGCCAACAACCGCGACCCGGUAGCAGGGGCGCUCCGCGAUCGGCAGGCUCCUCCAGUUCCGUGCGCGCCGGCGAGAUUGAUACGCUCGUCUAUCCCGUCGGGCAGACGAACGGGAUCGAUCCCAUGUAUAGCGAGCAUAUUAACAACAUCCCGUAUCCGCUACCGACGAAGCCACCGGAACCGACCGACCCACGGUAUCAAGGGCCCGAAGCACUGAAGAAGAGCGCGCAGAUCGAUCCGGGGUGGAUACGGCAACCGCAAAUCUUGCUGGUGGAGGACGAUCCGACCUGUCGAAGGAUUGGAGGGAAGUUUUUGUAUGCGUUCAAUUGUGCGAUUGAUAGCGCGUUUGACGGCCUGGAAGCUGUCAACAAGAUGCAUGGGGGCUCCAAGUACGAUCUUGUGCUGAUGGACAUCAUCAUGCCAAACCUAGACGGAGUCUCCGCUUGCCAUUUGGUCCGCCAAUUUGAUAACACUCCCAUCAUCGCCAUGACCUCUAAUAUCCGAAGCGACGACAUCUCCAUGUAUUUCCAGCAUGGAAUGAACGACGUCCUCCCCAAACCAUUCACCAAGGAAGGCCUCUUCCAAAUGUUGCAAAAGCACCUCCACCACCUCAUCAAGCAACCCGGACAAGGCAUCGACCCGCAGCUCCAACCCAACCUCACCCCGGCUGGACCCUCCCAUUCCGUCGCGGGUUCCACUCCCCGCCCUCCGCACGCGCAUACUCACUCCCUCACCCACUCCCUCAAGGAAGAGGAGUCCCCAUCCGCCGGCGCAUCCAACAAAUCCCCCGCGACCACCAGCAACUGGAACUCCCCGAACCAAAUCCCGGGCGUCUCCCCCGUCACCUCGUCCGUGACCGACGAUUACAUGCACCACGUCCCGCAGCAGAACCCGUACGCGGCGCAGAUGGCAGGAAAUCCGCCUAUGGGGUACCCGCAGAUGGGCAUGCAUGGAGGUGGAGGUGCAUCCGGCCGGCCGGGGCCGCAACAACCCGGGAUACAGCAACAACCACCACAGGGCCAACAUCGGCGGCAGAUUUCGGAAAUCUCGGGCGGGGAGGAGAUGGCGGGGAGUGGGAAGCGGCAGAUUUAUUCUGGGCAGAUGGGGAUGCAACAACGGCGGUAG